AUGCUCGCAUCUGUCCUCGAUGGGGACGUGUUAAAAUCCGAAAAGAGUCGGAUUCAGGUCGCCCUUCUUGGCUCGGCCGAUGCUGGGAACAAUAGACAGUUCGAUAUUUGGUUGGGUAUCCGUGCAAAGCUCAGAGGUAGGUCCGUUCAAGAAGAACGACGGAUCCUUGAGGAGCGCAAGUUGCAUCUGGUAGACCGCGUCAUAGGGGAGAUAAUGCAAUUUCGUGUACAAGAUGACCCGGAAUACCCGUCCGCUGCGCAUCAAGUGAAUGUUGUAUUGCAGCAUUUCGACAAAAUACAGUCAUUUUAUCCAAACCUGAAAGCAUUUUACUUGGACAAACCCACUGCGGCAGACCCGGAUUUCCAAUCCCGGUGUGAUGCACUUAUAACAUGGUCCACCGUCCUCUCCUCACUUCGGCAGCAACUUGCAAUAUUCCGUAAAUGGACUGGAAGCGAGACUCUUGAUGUCACGGCUGCUUCUCCUGAGCAUGAGGGGACAUCGUUUUUGGAGCGGGUCCUCAAAGAAGAGACAAUCCAACGCACGUUUGAGAAGGGUUCCCUUACAACUGUUCAUGCCCUCAUCGCUUCCGCUCGGGACGCACAAGUCAAUUUGGCUCCGAUGUUCCAACUUCUAAACCUGCCCACAUUUGAAGAGGAACUUGUUCAGCUCAUUUCUUUCCCCACCCGGCUGGCACAUGCCUUGCUUCGCUCGCGGUUGGACUACGCCAACCGUGUGACCGAUCCCGACGUAUUGAUUGUUGACCAAAUGCUGGAAGAUUUUCGUCUGGCGAUCGGUUUAGCCUGCACGUUAAAGCGACAGUAUGAAGCAUUUCUCCUUCCGGACCCUGGCGGAAACUGGAAUCUGCCGAGUUGUAUUAGCAAGGAUUAUGAUAGCACUUUAUUGGAGACGUUAUCUAUGUUCUUCAAACUGAUCAACUGGAAGCUGAAGAGCGGGACGAAGGACAUUUAUUUUAGAGAAACAGAAGUGCUUGAGUCUCAAUGGGCGACUUUUAAUGAUGUAUGCCUAGUCGUCGAUGGUGGUGCUACUUUGGUGGCGGAACAAAUCUGUUCCAUAACGCACAGGCUUAUGCUGCGAGCGACAAACAACUUUUGUCGCCAAAUACGUGUUCCGGUUCAUGGCAAAGAGAAACAAAAGUUACUUUCUGUGACCAGUCAAAUAGCACACAGUCCAUCAAGUAUUAAUGGCCUAGGGUUCGACUUCCAAAAGGGCAUGGCUGAAAGCAAGGGCAAGUUCAUGUCGGAUGAACAAGUAAUUAGCUGGUAUGAGAAAGUACUUGAAAGCAUAAAGGCACGGUACCGCAAACUCCAACGCUUUGUUCGGACCCUUUCUCAGCGGUUUGGAAACGCCGCUGAAUAUACUCUGGAACACAUUGCUUUGGAUUCAUUCAUCGCCAAUUUGGUCGAAACGGAUCAUUUCCUUGUAUAUACGCAGUCGUUUGAAGAGGAAGGGACGUAUGUUGUCGCGUCGAGGGGCUUGCGCGACCGCCCUGAUACAAUUCGUCAAAUGCUUCGAGACCCUUACCAUGUACACGAUCUCUGGGAAGACGGCUAUCGGAGUAUACGACGUUCAAGUGACCUUUCAACAACCGCAUCAAGCCUGGAGGUAGAUGCUGAUGAAGAAGAGGAGUUCGACGAGUCAGCGUAUUUGCUCAUUUUGUCUCCUCGGACGCGCUUCCUUUGGAACGGCCUGGUGCUUAUGCUACCAUUGGAGAAGAUUGAUUUCGAGCUCAAGGAUAACCGAGUCCGGCUCAUCGCGGACGGUCCACAGCCUCGCUUGAAUCUCGCAAAAGAAAAGUUUGCGGACGUGUUCACGUCCGUAGACGAAGAAAGCGAUUCUGCGGAGUCAUUCUGCCCUCCCUUGACAUGCGUCGUUGAUCAAAUGGCACACCUCCCUAUUGUGAAUCGCGAGUCGCGGAAGAUAGACCGAGUCACAAAUAACCUAGCUGAACAAAUCGUCGAAGCUGUACACCAUAUCCGCGGCAGCUUGACCGGUAUAGCAAAAUGCACAGACUUGCUUGAAAGUUGGUAUGCUUUUGCAUCGGAGCACGGUCAGCAUGCGCAAAAGUAUACCGACCGAACGACUUGGAUGAAGUUCAACCGCAUGUUGAUUAAGCUGGCGAUAUCAUGGGUGUCGUUUAUUUGUGAUGACUGUGAUCCUACGGACCGUAAAACAUUCCGAUGGGCUGUCAGUGCUCUAGAAUUUGCGCUGAUUCGGACUAAGCGAAAUAAUAUUCUUAGUCUGCCGGAGGAUCAGUUCGAAAUGUUGCGGCAGAAGGUCGCUAGUUGCAUGACACUCCUUAUUAGCCACUUCGACAUUCUCGGUGCACGGUCAGCACAGGAUGCUUUGCGAGAGAAGGAGAGACAGGCGGAGCUCAGGCAACUUGGUCUCGAUACGACCAAUGCGAAUCAGAACGAAGAGGAUCUCUGGGAGCCUAUAACCCCCGCAAGCGGUAUCGAAUACGAGGAGCGAAGCUUCGCCAAUCUGGUGACAGCAGGGGAUCGAAGCGUCAAGAGAUUAAGAGGUGAAAUUUUGCGCCAACUGUGUUUACUGGAGGAUAGACGUGCAGGCGUUGGUGCGGAACAGCAUGUUGUCGGGCGUGUCCUGGACGAUCAGAAACCGGAGGAUCAGUCAUUGAUGUUCCUAGCGUCUGCCACAUCUAACGUCUCAAUCCGAUGGCAGCAAGGAAAGUUCAUUGGUGCAGGUGCAUUUGGCUCUGUAUACACAGCAAUCAACCUCGAUACGGGAUCCGUCAUGGCCGUUAAAGAAAUCAGAGUCCAAGACGUGACAGGCACUCCGAACCUAUACAAACAGAUCCAAGAUGAACUCCGAGUCAUGGAGAUGCUACAUCACCCGAAUAUUGUCGAAUAUUAUGGCAUUGAGGUUCACCGUGACAAAGUUUACAUCUUCGAAGAGUACUGCGAGGGUGGUAGCUUAGCUGCGAACUUGGAAGUUGGACGGAUCGCAGACGAGAACAUUUUACAAAUUUACACAAUGCAGAUGCUCGAGGGUUUACAGUAUCUUCAUUCACAGAAUAUUGUCCAUCGAGAUAUCAAGCCAGACAAUAUUUUGCUGGACCAUAUGGGCGUCUUGAAGUUUGUUGACUUUGGCGCGGCAAAGGUUAUUGCCAAGAAUACACGGACAUUCCAGCGUACCAGGGUUGCAGUUGCAAACAACACGAUUAAUGCUACUGGCACGGGUGUGCUAGAAGGUAGUCUUGGCAUGAAGAACUCGUUGACCGGUACGCCCAUGUACAUGUCUCCCGAGGUAAUUAAGAACGAUAAGCGUGGUCGUCAUGGCGCAAUGGACAUCUGGUCAUUAGGCUGUGUAGUCUUGGAGUGCGCGACCGGACGCAAACCGUGGAGCAACCUCGACAACGAAUGGGCGAUCAUGUUCCAUAUUGGUGUAGCAACGCAACAUCCACCUCUCCCCGAGAACGGCGAGCUUAGUGACAUGGGAAUCAACUUCAUCAAACAGUGUCUCACAAUCGAUCCUAUGCGUCGUCCGACUGCGGAGGAGCUCACGCAUCAUCCUUGGAUGCAGCAGCUCAUGGAGACUCUUCGUAAUUACGAGGAAGAAGAGCUUGCGACAAAUGCGCCUGUUGAGAUGCCCUCGGAUCAGGAUUUUCAAGGCGCAGCAGUAGCUAGACACGCAGCCAUAGAGAAAGAGAAGGAAGUUGAGGCAAUUACGGCAGCUUCUCCCGAAUCUGUUACUCCUGCUUCAGAAUCUAGUGCAGCUGAUGCCGGAUUAAUGAUCACAAAUCCCAUUAUUGUACAAGCCGUACAAACACCAGAACCACCACCCACUUCCGCUUAA